AUGGAAUUGGAAAUGCCCAUGCUGGUUCUGUUGCUUUUGUUGAUCGUGCCUUUAAUGAUCGCUUGCACCUCCAUGUGGUUCUACCGCAAGCAGCUGCGCCGCCUUCUACCAGACUUGACCAAGCCUAAAGCCACCAAGCGGGAGCACUACCUUUUCAAGGUGCAAACCGAGGAGCAGCUCCGGAAGUCUGCGGCGGAAGCGGACGCAGCCGAAGGCGGUGGCGUCAGCGGUGGUGCCGUGAGGAGUUUGACCAUGAGGCCCGAUGAAGUUCCUCAACAGGAUCACAUGGAGUCUUUGGUUUUGGACGGUGAUCAGGUCUUGGAGAUGCGACGUUCAGCCAGUAAAACCUCCAUGGGUUCCAGCGUUCCCGGAGUGGUCAGAGUUGGCUCUCAGACCAGCAGUGGUGAGAAUGAGAUGACUGCGGAAGCUCGGACUUUGCCAAGAGCUGGUUCAAAGCAAAGUGUGGGAAGCAAAAGGAGGGGGAGAAGCACCAGUAAACAAAGCCGAGCUGGUAGCAAGGCCAGCAGCAGUCGGCCAGAACCUCAACAUCCUCAACUGCAACGGUCCCUGAGCGAGUCUGAAGCUGAGAUUUCACAUGGACGCCGGACACUGGGAGAAGAAUUGGCCUUCCGAGGUGAUGACACCUGGGCCUCCACCCACUCUCAGCUCUUCGGUAGCAACCUGACGGUACCGGGCGCUGUGCCCGCUUCGUCCGUGGACCGGAAGAAGUCACCCAGGCGCCAGGGGUCCAAGGGUUCCAAGAGUUCCACCAACCGAGAGCUUUGA